AUGUCGGACGAAAACGCUCUGGAGCAGGUACGCUCCAAUCAAAGCGGUGAUCAUAUCGAGAAGCUGGCUGCAUUUACAACUGCAGACAGCAUUAGUAUGUCGCUAGACCAGUCUGUAAGGACAUUUAGACUUUUUGAGAUCCUGCGGAGUGGGGAUACAACCGCGAUAUCAAAAGCUAUCAAAGAGACUAAAGAUCCUCAGGGAGCAAACAGUCUCUCCGGAACGACUAUGCUCCAUUUAGCGAUCCAAUGCGCCGAACCACAAGUUGUUGAAUACAUUCUUUCUAGCGGCUAUGAACUCGAUAUCAACGCGCGUGAUAGAGAUGGUAAUACACCACUCCACCUCGCCGCCCAGCUCGGAAGAGGAUCAUUAGUUCGUGAGCUACUGAAUCGUCCUCCUCUCAAUGACUCAGUUGUCAACUACCGUGGCCAAACAGCUCUAGAUGUUGCCCGCACCCCGGAGAUCUUUCAACAACUCCAGCUUGCACGAUCGCUCUUCAUUGACGGCAAGUCCCAAGAAAUCCAGUCACUCAUCUCCAAAGGUGACUAUGAACAGCUGGAGAAGGUCCUGGAAGAGCCACGGGUUGAAGGAAUAAUGGACAUCAAUAGUUUGGACCUGGUCACUGAUACUGCUACUGUUCAGUCUGGCGGCACUCUGCUGCAUGAGGGUGCCAGGAGGAAAGAUACGAAACUCAUCCAGUUAUUACUGAUGCAUGGGGCAGAUCCCUUCCGCCGCGACAAAAAGGGUAAAUUGCCACAGGAUGUCACAAAGGACGACAGGACACGUGCAAUAGUCAAAAAGUCUCCCGCUGCUGUUAUUGCUCAGCGCGGCAUCCAAGAGAAGGCCAUUCUUGGGACCAAUUCGGGUCAAGGCGUUUUGGGCCGAGCCAGUGUAGGGGAGGCACCUUGUGCGGGAAAGGAUUCUCGCGAAAUGAGGGGUUACUUGAAGAAAUGGACAAACUACACUAGUGGUUAUAAACUGCGGUGGUUUGUACUCGAAGACGGCGUUCUUAGCUAUUAUAAGCAUCAAGAUGAUGCCGGGUCUGCAUGUCGUGGUGCUAUUAAUAUGAAAAUCGCUAAACUCAACAUGGACUCGCAAGACAAGACUCGAUUUGAAAUUCAUGGCAAAUCAUCCGUCAAAUACCACCUCAAAGCUAAUCAUGUUGUCGAGGCAAAGCGUUGGUUCUGGACUCUCAAUAAUGCUAUACAGUGGGCAAAAGAUGAGGCAAAAGAGGAAGAGAGACGCCAAUCUCGGCAUGCCGAGGUGCUCCGUCAAGCCAAGAUUGAACAGAUUGAGGGCCGAACAGCUGAUAGCUCAUCUGAUUCACCCUGCCUCGCUGCUGCCAAGUCUAGCGGGAAGGGCCUUACUGCUCCAUCUCUAGGUGUUCCAGGUAAUAGUGUCACGAGACAUAGCGCGCAGGCGUCUCGCACAACACUGGAGAGCAUACCCGCAGAUGAGGAAGGCUCUUUCCAAGGAUCAUACGACCAGGGUGUUCUGCAAAAUGAGGUAAAUCGGGUGGCCAGCCAUGUAACCACUGUGCCCGAAGGCGAGGGUGAUGAUGAUGAUUAUGGUGAUUAUGCGUCCAGUCGGGAGGUGCCAAUGGCUGAUAAAGACGCUUUGAAUAUCACUGCGCAGUCUGCAAAUCUUCAACUUGAUAUCCUCGCAAGUGUAGCGUCCUCACUGCAAACUGAGAAGUCGAGAAACCCAAACUUGUCGCUCGCGGACUCGGCAGUUGAUCAAGCUCUAGCUGCUUAUGGAGCAGCCGUGAGCAGUCUCCAGGGGCUAGUGCAAAAUCUCCUCAAGAUAUCCCGGGAUCGCGAUGCCUACUGGCAGUAUCGAUUGAAUAGGGAAGCACAUCUCCGUAAGAUGUGGGAAGAAAGCAUGGCACGAGUUGCACAGGAACAUGAAGAGCUACAGUCAAAGAUGGGAGAGUCUGAGGAGAAGCGCCGACGUACGAAGCGUGCCCUCAAGGAAGUCUUAGAGGUCUCGUCAGCAGCCACUAGUUGUGCUGUCGGUAAAGCGCCAUCUCGCAUGGCAUCUACAGGCGAAGAAGAUGACGGGACUGACGAGCGGAUAGAGGCACAUGCUUCAGGAGCUGAGAGUCUUUCUCAGGCUGACGAGCAAGAAGCAGGGCGACCACUUCGUCGUAAGAAGUCGACUCUUUCUCAGAUCAGUGAUCUAUGUGAUUCAGCAUCGGAUAACGAGGACGAAUUCUUUGAUGCGAUUGACUCCGGGGAGAUCGAAGUGGAGAACUUAGCACAUACAGAAGCAAGUACCGAAAAGGAAAAGUCGGUGGGAGAAAGAACCGAGUUGAGGGCCAUAAAACGGCUGGAAAUAGCACCAUCGUUCAAAGGAUAUGAGGUACCCAUCCGAACGAAAUUGAAGAUGGAUUAUGAUAAUCGGCCAAAAAUAUCCUUGUGGGGUAUUCUGAAAUCGAUGAUUGGGAAAGACAUGACCAAAAUGACUCUGCCGGUUUCCUUCAACGAACCCACGUCUUUACUACAACGUGUGGCUGAAGACCUGGAGUAUGCGGAUCUUCUUGAUGUGGCUGCUGAUCGAUCUGAUUCAAUGGAACGUAUGGUGUAUGUCGCUGCCUAUGCGGCGAGUGAGUACGCCUCGACAAUAGGCCGUGUUGCCAAACCGUUCAACCCUCUUCUGGGGGAGACAUUCGAGUAUGUCAGGCCCGAUAAAGGCUACCGGUUCUUCGUUGAGCAAGUCAGCCACCACCCGCCAAUUGGUGCUGCCUGGGCGGAAUCGCCAAAGUGGGAUUAUUAUGGUGAAUCAGCUCUUAAGUCCAAGUUCUACGGGAAAUCCUUUGAUAUCAACCUUCUUGGAACUUGGUUCCUGAAGCUACGCCCUGCUUCGGGAGGCGAAGAGCUCUACACGUGGAAAAAAGUCACCUCGUCUGUCAUUGGCAUUAUUACUGGUAACCCGACAGUUGACAACUAUGGGUUAAUGGAGAUCAAGAACUGGACGACCGGCGAGGCCUGCUAUCUUGAUUUCAAGCCAAGGGGCUGGAAAGCCUCGUCUGCCUAUCAGGUGGCCGGUAAGAUCGUAGACAAGGACGGAUCCCCGAAAUGGAGCAUUGGUGGCCGUUGGAACGACAAGAUUUUUGCUCGCCAUACUCCUGGAUAUGAGAUGGACGUAUCCAGUCAAGAUCCGGAGUCGUCUAAGGCGUUUUUGGUAUGGCAAUGCCACACCCGCCCAAGUGGUAUCCCGUUCAACUUAACGCCUUUCGUUAUCACGUUGAAUGCCCUUCCGGAAGAUCUGAAACAGUAUCUCCCCCCAACUGACACCCGACUUCGGCCCGAUCAACGUGCAAUGGAGGAGGGAGAGUACGAUAUUGCCGCUAACGAAAAGCAUCGAGUUGAAGAAAAGCAACGAGCCAAACGAAGAGAGAGGGAGACAAAAGGAGAAGAGUACCAGCCAAAGUUCUUCAUUCGGAAAAAGUGCCCAAUUACUAGUGAAGAGCCCUCAAACAAUUGCCAACUCUCCGCAUCAGCAGAUGAUUGCUACUUGGGUCGUCUUCUAGCAACCAUCACAAUGACUGGCGAAUAUACUUGUGGACGUUGUCUACAGGUGCUCCGGCGAAAUGUUGCGGCUCAUGGCCCUAUGAUUCGAUUGCAGACGGCAUAUAACCCAAGGCGGAUAUACAGGCCAUCGGUCUCCCUCGUGCGAAGCUUUGGUUCACGAAGUGACAAUCGCUUCACAUCCAAAAAUCUCCAAGGCCAUAUCAAGCGGGCCACUACGCCUUUGUCCUUUAAUUCCAAUGCUAUAUCACACAACUUUCCGCAAUGUGUGCAGCGAGCCACGUCCGCCACGUCGACUUACUCGCCAGAAACGCGUGCUUUGCUGCAACCAAACAACUUGUUCCAUCCAUUUUCUCGGUCGCCUUCACCUUCGAUUCGGCAACGUGCUGCGUUUAUCAAACAAAAUGCCUUUUGCCCUCACCCUAGUCACCAACAGACCCGUGCACCAGUCUCCCCACAUGACCCCGAGUCGCGAAAGGGCCAGCAAAGCACGAGUCCCCCAGCUCAUUCACAUUUUGAAUGCCCUGACUGUGGUGUCCCAAUCUAUUGCUCAGAAGGCCACUGGAUGGAUGAUUUUGAGGCACAUUUGGAGAUCUGUGAGACCAUCAGACAGAUAAACGAGGAUGAUCACGAUCUCCACUCUGGUCGGUUUUUCCCCGAGUUUUCUUAUCCAGGUCUUCAAGAUGAUAACUUCGUCAUCAACAUGACGAACUGGGACACAUUUUUGUAUACGCGAGAGUUCGAUGCGAUCAACCAUGAUCGGAGUAUGCGACAAGUGACUAGGAUGCUCACUUACCCUCUUACUAUUGGAAGUGUCUUGCACGAGCUGAGCCCUUACAGCGUUCGGAAAGGUGGUAGACUUACAGUCGAGGGACUUAAGAGCGUGAGCGCGCUUCGAUACACUCUACACCCUCCUAAGACUGGAGAAGGAGUUGAUAUUCAAGGAUUGCGCUUGAAGGCCCCACCGAUUAGGAUAUUCAUUCUGGGGGCACGUGCCGAAUCUUCUCUGCCUCGUGAAGUCUGGCUUCAGCUCAGUUACAUCUUCCCACGAUCCCUCAUCCAUUUAGUUUUUAUUGGACCAGAGAGCAUGGCCAACCGAGACGCUGAGUUCCCACUUCCUGAACGGACGCCCGAGAACCCGUUCGGAGGGAUCGUGGAAGAUAGACUUGGCGGGCAGAUGAAGAUUACAACGUACGUCGACUACUUCCACACAAUGUACAAAGCACAAUAUUUCCAGCCGUUCGAUCCAUAUUUAGAUUGCAUCAUGCUCUUCCACCCUGGUCUCGGACACCCGGCCAGCUCCCAUGAAUGGGAAGAAACGCUACCACAACUACUAGAGACAAAGGUCCCGAUUAUCAGCACUGGCUAUACGCAGUGGGAUAUGGAGAGGGAUAUCAAUUGGGUCCAUGAGAAAUGUGCCGGUGAAUUUGAUAUCUUGUUGGAACCAGGCGAAAACAUCUUUCGCAGUCUGAGGUGGGACCUUAAUGACUUAGACCCUCAUGAUGUUUCUUGCGGAAACUGGGGGUUAUGGGCAUUCAGAGGGAAGAGAUACGAGGCGACGCUCAAGGGUUAA